UUGACACUCGAACCCCCGAACGCAGAGUCGAGCGAGCCAGAGAUUGAGAGUGAGAGUGAGAGCGGUGCACGAGAAUCUGCCGCGGUCGUCGAAAUGGCCAAGUGUCUGUGCAGCUCGCUGUCCAUCGCGUCGUCCUCGUCCGCCUUCGUUCAAACGCCCGCCUUCCUUCUCCGCGCGGCUUCUGCAUCGCCCUCCGCUGCUUCUGUUUCGGGCAAGUGCGCUUUCUCGUCCUCGUCCUCCGUGUCCAGGAUCGUCGCCAAAGAAUCGGCCGGAGUCGGCUCGGAAGCCCAGGCCGAGGUCAGCUCGAGGCGACGGAUUUUGGGAUUCGGCCUGCUCACGGCCACGGGCUUGGCAGCCGGACUCUCCGCUCCCUCUCAAGGCAAUGCUGCUCCGGCAGGUGGACGGUGUGAAGAAUUCACAGUUGCUCCUUCGGGAUUAGCUUUUUGUGACACGAGUAUCGGCUCGGGAAUCGAAGCUCAAAAAGGCAUGCUGAUUAAGGCUCAUUACACGGGGAAAUUGGAGAAUGGAACCGUCUUCGAUAGCAGCUACAACCGCGGGAAGCCUUUGACGUUCCGUGUUGGCGUUGGAGAGGUGAUCAGGGGCUGGGACCAAGGCAUUCAAGGGGCGGAAGGCAUUCCAGCCAUGCUUGCAGGCGGGAAGCGUACUUUGAGAAUUCCCUCCAACUUAGCGUACGGUGAAAGGGGUGCCGGAUGCAGGGGAGGAUCUUGCAUUAUUCCACCGAAUUCGACCCUCAUCUUCGACGUGGAGUUUGUAGGAAAGGCAUAAUUCUUCGGGGCGAUCAACUCAGUCACAUGAUGUACUACUAUUACUGUCUUAGCAUGUGCGUAGAAGAAAUCGGUCCCUUGGCACACUCCACUCUUUAUUUGAACACUUAAUGUUCCCACCUUCUCUACCUAAGUUGAAUCACUGAAUCUUUUGCCUGGAAUCAAAUACUUGUAACGUGUUUUUGG